AUGAGGAUGUUCUGGCCUGACGAAAACGCCGACGCCUGGAGGGUGGCAGUGACUAGCGAAGAUGGCACGGAGAUCUUGCAAAACCUCUUAGCUUUGAACCCGACCCUACAUCAUGAUGGGACAAAGCUGGUCGUGCGAUUUUAUCGGCUACCAAAAUAUCCCCGAGAACUUACUGUGCCCAUGGCCCAAGAACCGGUUCUGCCUGCCGACUAUGCUGCAGCCGGGAUGCAAUGGGUUCUAUACCGUGUACUCGCUCUAGCCGGCGCCGCAGACUCUUCCCUAGAUACGUGGGACUCGAACUCGGAUUCAGACAUCGAAAUACGCCUCGGUCCAAGCAACAAGCAAGAUGUGAGCCCUGCAACGUUGCACGAUGUUGUGAGCGAUCUAUCCUUGUCCCGCCCAGUGAGCGUUCCACCAGAACAUAAGCGAGGACGCAUUCCCCUACGCCCAGAGGAUCCAGGUAUCACCGGAUCCGAGAAUCUGCGGAGCCAUCGCUAUCUCCCCAGCCCGCCUUUACCCCCACAAAGUCUAGAUCGCCUGUACCGCCAGCUAGGCUAG